AUGACAAAAGUAUUCCUAGAGAUAACAAUCGGAAAUAAAUUCGCAGGCAAGAUAAUAAUAGAGUUAGACACAAAAGUAACCCCAAAGACAGCAGAAAACUUCAGAAAAUUAGCACUAGGCAGUGCUUCAUCAAAGAAUGGAUAUUCUGGCUCUAUUUUCCACAGGGUUAUCCCAGGAUUUAUGAUCCAAGGAGGAGAUUUCACGAAUGGAAAUGGAACAGGAGGACUAAGCAUAUACGGGGCCAAGUUUAAUGAUGAAAAUUUUUCAUUAAAACAUAAAAAAUACGUUGUUUCUAUGGCCAAUGCAGGUAGAAAUACUAAUGGAUCACAAUUUUUCAUUACAACGGCUGUAACUGACUGGCUAGAUGGUAAGCACGUUGUAUUUGGUCGUGUAGUUGAAGGAGAAGACGUAGUCAGGGCAAUUGAGUCUGUGAAGUGCGACAGAAGUGACAGGCCACUUGAGGAAGUGAAGAUCGCCAGGUGCGGAGAAGUUGAAUAA